AUGCGCUCCGCUAGCCUUGGGUCCCGCCGUGCACUCCCAUUUCUCUUGCUCCUCGACGUCAUUCUUGCCGCUCAAAGCGGCGAUGGCCACGUCCCGCUCUGCUACUACCCGGACGGCACCAUCGCGACCAACGACUACGCCUGCCGCUUAGACACGACUGAGUCCUUCUGCUGCACGACCAAUGUCAGCUGCCUCGAUAACAAGAUCUGCGACGUCCUGAGCCCCACCCAGUACCGCUACAACCGCGGCACCUGUACCGACAAGACAUGGACUUCUGACGCGUGCCCGCAAUUUUGUCAAGCGAAAUCCCCGGACUACGGCUGCGGUAUAAUCCGCUGUCCGGAUGCCGGCGGCAAGGUUUGCUGCGAUAUCGACAACAAAGACUCGACCGCAACGUGCUGCCAGGACGACUCGAAUCUGUUCGACCUGGUAGGUGAUUGGGAUGCGUUCAGGGUCAUCGACAAGAGCGCCGCGAGCUCGACGAGGAGUCUUGUCGGCUCGAGCUCCAUCUCUACGGCAGUGACUAGCCCCGGCUCAGCAGCUUCCACGACGUCAGCUCAGAGUGACGGCGAGGGAGGAACAGGGCUGCAGGCGGGAGCGAUUGCGGGAAUUGCGGUUGGAAGCGUUGCUGGUGCAAGUGGGCUGGGAGCCUUGGCGCUCUGGGCUAUGAGAAGGAAGAGACAACAGAAGAAUAGUUCGGCGACGGUAGAGCUCGAUGGCAUCAGUAUGCGACACGAGCUGAAAGCGGAAGGCGCAAGCAUCACCCCCAUCACCCCUAGUCCCAUGGCGACCACUGCGUCUGGCACUCCUCUGACCCCGGCUGCGCUCGCCGUCGCCGUUGCCGUGACAGUCACGGUGCUCACAGGCCCCUUGGCGGUCGACGACGACGAAGAGGCCGCAUCAUCGUCAUCGCUCCCCCAGCAUCCGCUCUGA